AAUGUACAAUGAAAUGACUCCUUUCUUUACAAAAUCAGCACCUUAUAUUUAAGGUCCUUAAAAAUAAGAAUAGUUUGGUAGAAAAGAAUAAUAAGGAUGGAAAGAUUAACAAGGAUGGAAAGAAAAACAGGGAUGGAAAGAUUAGUAAGGCUGGAAACAAGAAUAAAACAAUUACAGAAAAAAAGAUAUAAAAUACAGAAAUACAAAUUAAGAAAAUUAUCAAUAGUAACCAUUGUAUUAUCCAAAAAAUGCUAUUGAUAAUUAAAAUUAAUAAUAACAAUAAUCCCCAUAUGAUUUUUCGUAUGCAACUCAGGAUUAAGGGUAAAAGAUUGACGAAUACUAAUAAAAAAAAAUAGAAGAUUAAUUGCCCAUAUAGAAGUAAGAAUGUGUCACUCAACAUAAGGAUGAUAAUGCGGCUAAAUAAAAUGUUGAGAAUAUAGAAAGAUCUUAAUUGCAAUAACAUCAUAAUAUAACCUCGAAUAAUGAUUAAAAGUAAUCAUCAUCAUAAUAAUAAUAAUAAUAGUAAUAAUAAUAAUACUAAUAAUACUAAUAAUAAUAAUAGAAUCAAUAAUCUUAAUAACAUUAAGAGCAAGAAUAAUCAUAUUAUUAAUACAAUCAGGAGUAAUCAAAUGUGUAGAAUUACUAACAGUAUUAACAACAGUAAUAAAUACAUCCAUAAUCAUAAUUAAUAUAAGCUCCUCAUAUACCUUAUUAAUUACCUUAAAAUAUGUUCUAGCCUAUUGCACAAUCAAAUCCUUUUGCUCUCUAAUAACCACCUUAAAAUAUUAAUGAAAUGUACUAGCUAAUAUUUAUUUAGGAAUUGGUCGGGAUAGAGCGCUCCUUAUGUUGUUUAAUAUUUAAUUUACCCUAAUAAAUCAGGAAAGUAGUUUUUAUAUUAAUUCUAAUUGACUUAAGUAUAUUAAAUAUAUGAAUUUUAGGAAAAUUUAGACGAAAAUUAUCAAAUUCUAAAAGCAUAACUUGAUUGCAAAAAUAAAAUUAAUAUUUGAG